GCUUUACCUGGAGCCGCUCGUGAAGCCGCUCCAGAAACCCUCCCAAACGGGGCCUAAGUCCUGGAACCAAUCGAAGUGUUAGCAGCUGGGUCUGCCAUUGCCAUUGACAAGUGGAUCAGCAGCUCCAUCCUCCAUGGACGAGGAGACCACGUCCUCUGGUGCCACGCCGGACGCGUCGCCUGCAGGUACGACGGAUCAGGAGGACCCCUUGGAGCUCGCCGUCGAGCGACGGCUUGCCAGCGACGGGCGCCACGACGAUGGGGGCUCCUUCACCAUCUUCCGCGUCCCGGCCUGCGUCCGCGACGCGGACCGGACGCUGUACGAGCCCCGCCUCGUGUCCGUCGGCCCCUACUACCGCGGCCGCGCCGAGCUCCGCGCCAUGGAGCGCCACAAGUGGCGCUACCUCCGCCACCUGCUCCAGCGCGCCGCCGCCACGGCGCAGCCGCCCCUGCGCGCCUUGGUGCGCGCUGUCCGCGCCGCCGAGCCCCGCGCCCGCGCCUGCUACAGCGAGCCCGCCGCCGACGCCGACGACGACGCCGAGGACGCCGGCAGGUUCGCGGAGAAGCUGCUCCUCGACGGCUGCUUCGUCCUCGAGUUCUUCUUCAAGUGGAACAGGCGGGAGCCCGACGCGCUCUGCGACGCCGGCUGGGCGCUCGCGCUCCUGCACUCGGACCUCCUCCUCGUCGAGAACCAGAUCCCCUUCUUCGUCCUCGAGGCGCUCUUCGACGCCUUCUUCCGCGGCGAGGUCCCGAGGGCCGACCUGCUCAAGCUCCUCUUGCGCCACCUCAAGCCCAACGGCGCGCUCCUGCCCGGCCACCAACCGCCGUCGCCGUACAAGGCGCCCACAGGCCCGAUCGACCACCUGAUCCACCUCUUCCACGAGGCGUUCGUGCCCAGACCGCCUCCGGCGCCACCGUCGAGCCAGGCCUCGCCGCCGCCGCCGCCGCGGGUGAUCCCUUGCGUCAGCGCGCUCCGCGAGGCCGGCGUCCGGUUCGUGAGGAAGCCGCCGGCGGCGUCCCCUCGCGGCAUGUUCGACAUCACGUUCGACGCCAGGAGGGGCGUGAUGGAGAUGCCCCCCGUAGCGAUCGACCAGGCGAGCCUGCCGCUGCUCGUGAACCUCGUCGCCUUCGAGCAGAGCAGGGGCCACCGGAAGGGCUCCGGCGGCGCCCCGCUGACGAGCUACGCGGCGCUAAUGGCGUCGCUGGUGAGGACGGGGAAGGACGUGGAGGAGCUGCAGCGCCGGGGGAUCGCGGACAACAUGCUGUCCAGCGACGACGGCGCCGCCCUUCAGUUCUUCCAGUCCCUGGGCGCCUGCAGCACCAUCGACUACGACGACCACCUCUUCGCGCCGCUCUUCGCCGACGUCCAGCGCUACCACGACAGGAGCUGGCACAGGCACAGGGCCAGGUUCAUCCGCGAUCACUGCAGCAACCCGUGGUCCGUCAUCGCGCUCGUGCUCGCCGUCCUGGCCUUCUUCUCUCUUUUCAACAAUUCCGUGACCGUCUACAAACUAGUUCACCCUCAACCCAAAUGAUCUUCGUCAGCGACGAAGGAGGAUUUCCUGCAUGUGGCACUUGCAACUUGCAUUGCAAAUGUAGCUAAUAUCUUACUUUAAAUAAGUUUGAUAUGCUAAAAUUGGUGCCUAGUAAAAUUUCUCAAAAUUUUAUGACACUGAAGAAAGUCAUCAAAAUUUGCUAGGGGUAAAAAAGAAAGGCCCCAACUUUUCUUUACACCCAAAACCUGUAAUUUUAUGACUAAGCAUCAAAAUCAAAAUCUGAUUGCACCAUUGAGUUGCCGCCAAUAAAAACAUCAAAACAAGUUUCUCAUACCGUUCCAAAAACAUUUUAUUAAAAAUUGAAAGCAUAUCAUAAUAAAACAGAUUGAUUUGAAACAAAAUUAAUUAGGAGGAUGGAGCUGCUGAUCCAGUUGUCAAUGGCAAUGGCAGACCCAGCUGCUAACCGAAUUUAGGCGGAUUUGUUCGGGGACUUUAAGUUCCCAUCACAACAGAUGUUUGACACCAAUUAGGAGUAUUAAAUAUAAGUUAAUUAUAAAAUCAAUUGCAUAAAUAAACGCUAAUUCGUGAGAAGAAUUAGUUCAUAAUUUGAUAAUGAUGUGCUAUAGUAAACAUGCGCUCUAAUACAUACGGACGAUAUAAAAGUAAACACAUUAUUAGGGCAUCAGUUUUAGGCGUAGUAAUUUGAGCUGGAAGAUUGUUAUGUUUCAACGUACAUUAGAAUGUAUUAGACAACACAUUGUUGCAAUGCUGAAUACACGAGCUACAUACAUUUCUUGAAAUUAAGCUCUUCUUCAUAACAAAUCUAGGGUGUUUUAAGUGACCAGUUUAGUUCAACUGCAUCCACUUUUGUAGCAACCCUGUUCAUGAAAAUACACAGAAUAGUAGUUAGACUAGAAAACCUCGUGGCUUUGCCACGAGUGGCCAGUGGAUGUACCCGUCGGACAUUUUUUUUCCGUGUACGAUGUGGAAGCACUUUGAAUUUUGAGAAACUUUUUUAUGAAUCACUUUUUUUAAAGAUGUUUUGGUUGAACGGGUGAUUUAUCAUAGAGCUUUGUAUUUCUAAAUUUGCUCUGUAGCGGUUGUAGGUUUUGGAAUUUUUAGUAACCUUUAUACUGAAUGCUUUUAAAUUAUAAGACUUUCAUUUGAGCGGGUUUGGACAUGAAGGCCUAUUUGAUCAAUUUCAUUUGAGCGGGUUUGGGCAUGAAGGCCGCGUCUGCCAACCUCUGAGCUUUUUUCUCAAUGUUUCUCCGCACGCGUCAGAAAUUGAAUGGUCACCAAAAAAAUAUCUCCUCUAGAAACAUCGUAGCCUUUCUCGGCAGCGGUUGCUCCUCCUCUCCGGGCCGAGGCCUUGUGCCGCCCUGGCCGCGGCUGCCUUUGUUACAUUAUUGGCAUCCAUUUCUUUUCAAGAAGUAGAACAUAUACUUAAUUCGCAUAAUGGACAGGAAUAGGUUUGUGUAGUUGAGAAAAUCUGCUAUUAUAAUUCAGCAGAUCUUAAGGGUUUUGAUUAGAGGUAGAAAAAGGCUGCAGAACAAACUUGGGAGCAUGUGGAUACAUUGGAAGCUUCUGCUGCUCAUAUUCUUAAUUUUAGACUGCGAGCAUGUGGAACAUUGUCAGCAGUGACAAAUUGUCAAUAUAAUAUAUCACAUUAUAUUGCUAACAAUGUUGGCUUUACCCAAAAGAUAGGUAUCUAACAACCUGUGAUUUCAUCAUCUAUGCUAUUUGAUGGUGCCUACAAAUCUUCUAGACUGUCGAAAAGUUCUGUUUUCGCCCAAAAGAUAUGCAGCAAGAGCGUCAGUUAACGAAAGUUGUACCCAAAACUAUAAGCAAAAGUAGCGAUCCACAUUGCCAUUCCCUGUAAAGCAAAAUGUCCUUUUGCUUGGUUCAUUGUUGUGUUGUGUGUAGUUGUAGCACGCAGCAUCAGUUAACGAAAGUUGUAUAAGAAACUAUAAGCAAAAGUAGCUGUCCA